CUUGAGCUUUGGAGCCGCACUCGCCACCACUAACUAGAGCCGCACUCGCCACCACCGAACGUCGAAGCCUACAUAGAAUACCGUACCUGGUCGCAGAAGAAGCAGAAGAAGAUCAAGAAGAAGAAGCAGAAAAAAAGAAGCAAUGCCUACGCGUGACGUCAGCACCGAGAUCGGCACUCCUACCGCGCCGUCGGAGCCCGUUGUCGGCGAGAAGUCGAUUGCUACUUUGGCGCAGCUAAGAGUAGGAGUGAAACUAUUCGUUUUCCACGUCAACUCAGGCGAGCACCGGCUGGCCGAGAUCCUCUCCAUUUCGACGCGUAAGGAGCCGCGAUACUACGUUCACUACAAUGAGUUCAACAAGCGCUUGGACGAGUGGGUUACGCCCGACCGGCUAGACUUAUCGCGCGAGGUGGAGUGGCCGCGCCCCGAGAAGGCGGCGAAGAAAACCGAGAAGGCGGGGAAGGCGGCGGGAACUCCGAGUGCUGGCGGGAGGGCGCAGAAGAGGCCGAAUAAGGACUCGAGGAAUAGGAGGAGGAGUACCAUCGGUCUCGACGAUCCGAUCGUGGUGCAGACGGAGAAUAUUGGAGAUGGCGAUGUCGGCAGUGUGGUGGGCGAUGACAUGGACGAGGACGAGCAGCCCGAGACCCCUCUGAUCAAGACUGCGAAGGAGAGGGAGAAGAAGGAUGCCGAGAUCGGCGAGUUUCGGCAGCCCGAGGGGUUUUCGAAGGAGAACGAGAUUGAGAAACUCCGGACGAGUGGAUCGAUGACACAGAGCGCUCACGAGAUCUCGCGGGUGCGCAACCUGUCAAAGAUCCAAAUGGGCAAGUUCGAGCUCGAGCCGUGGUACUUCUCCCCGUACCCGGUGGAAUACACCGAGGAAGACGUCGUCUUCAUUUGCGAAUUCUGCCUCAGUUACUACGGCUCGGCGCGGCGAUUUGAGCGACACCGCGGGAAAUGCACACUGCUCCACCCUCCCGGCAACGAAAUCUACCGCGACGCAAACGUCAGCUUCUUUGAAAUUGACGGCCGGCGCCAGCGCGUGUGGUGUCGCAAUCUCUGCCUGCUCAGCAAAUGCUUCCUCGACCAUAAAACGCUGUACUACGACGUCGACCCCUUCCUCUUCUAUUGCAUGGUUACCCGCGACGACUACGGCUGUCAUCUGAUCGGCUACUUCAGCAAAGAGAAGGAGUCAGCCGAGGGCUACAACGUAGCAUGCAUCCUGACCCUCCCGCAGUACCAACGCCACGGCUACGGAAAGCUCCUCAUCGCCUUUUCCUACGAGCUGUCCAAGCGCGAGGGGAAACUUGGCUCCCCCGAGAAACCACUUUCGGACCUGGGGUUGCUCUCGUAUCGUGCGUACUGGCAAGACACGGUCGUCGACCUUCUGCUCGAGGUUAAGGGCGAGAUCACGAUCGAUGAGCUGGCGAGUAUGAGUGCCAUGACCACGACGGAUGUUAUACACACGCUGCAGAAUCUGAACAUGCUCAGAUACUACAAAGGUCAACACGUCAUAGUCCUCACCGACGCAAUCCUGUCACAGAAGGAACGGCAGAAGGAACGGCAGAAGGUCAAGGGGUACCGUACGCUGGACCCGAACAACCUGCAGUGGAAACCGCCGGUGUUCUCGGCUGCAAGCAGGACUUGGAAUUGGUAGUGGCAUGGCAUAUGCGUUUCAUUGCUUCAUGAUUUCUUUAACGAUAGGUUUGAUUGGUAUAUGUGUUUACUGCCUGCAUUGCGUGGUUCUGGUUUGGGGGUUUGGAGUAUGGGAUGGUAUGGGAAUUUGCCACUUUGAUUAGGGAUGGAUGCACUGCAGGAGUGUGGUAGAGUACCAGUACUUCACUGCUAAUGGAAUGGUUUUUGAGAUUA